AUGGCCGGAGAGGGGCGCGCGGGCCUGACGCGCAGCUACUCGGAGCACGCGAACCUCGUGCUGCAGCACUUUCAGCAGCACCGGCGCCACCGCGAGCCAGCCCGGCACACCCGCUCGGGGCCGGAUUUCCGCGCGGCCGAGGCCCGCAACGACGAGGCCGACGACGAGGACGACGAGCGCGGGGGGAGCUCCUGGCGGGUAUCGGGGUCCAGCGCCGAGGGCCCGUUCCGGCAGCGGGCCUUGGAGAUCGGCGCCGGGGACUCGAGCGCUCUCGGCUCUGAUCUGUCCAGGUUGAGCCUCACGGAGCGCAGCUCGGGCUGCCCCGACUCGACGCACUCGUUCAACGAGUUCCGCAGCGACGACGAGGAGUGCGAGCCCUUCAGCUUCGUCGACGACGACGACAACGAGAACUUCCGGCUGAUCGGCAGCGACACCGAGCCCCCAGAUCCAAGGUACGCGCUGUGGCUUAUAUUCUCAAACACACAAAUGAAUAACGGAGCUACCAGGAGGAGGUACGAGCAGGAGGUGGUGCUGGCGAGUCCGCUCAGCGGGGAGGAGGAUGAGUUUGAGGUAGAGAGCGAGGCCUCCGUGCAGCGGAGCACCGAGGGCGGUGGAGGCGGGCGCAGGAGGAUAAACGGGAGACAGCUGGAUCGGAACAUCUCGUACGAAAAUUGGGCGCAAAAGAAGCAGUUGGAGCUCCAGAGGCGGAAGGACGAGGCGCGCCGAGCGGAGGAGAAGCGGCGUAGGGCGGAGGAGCAGGAGAGGCGCGAGCGCGAGGAGAAGGAGCGCAGGGAGGUGGAGUGCAUCGUCGACUGGAGGCGGAGAAAGGAGAGGGAGAAAAUGGUGAAGAGGGCGCUGCUCGAGAAGGAGCUCGAGCUGCAGAAGAAGAUCAACGAGAUCGAGGAGACGACCAGGGCCGCCAAGGAUGUAUGCCUGAAAAAGUGGUACAAGAGAAAGGAUGAGAUGAUCAAGGCUAUGGAGAGAGAAGAGUUUACCAAGAGAAAGAAGGCGGAGGAAGAGAAGCUGAGCAGGCUGCAGAUGAGUCUCAAGGCUUACGAGGAGUGGCGCGAAAAGGCCAAAAACACCCCGAGACCCGCGACACAGGGGCUUUUACCCCAUCAGAAGGCCAAGCCGGCAUUCACGAAUCCCAACCCGUGGCUCCCGCUUGUGGACAACGCGAGCGAGGAUUCGGACACCGGUGGUGGUGCCGAUGCGCUAUCAAAGACAAAAGCUCAGAGCUCGCUGGCCGGUAGGAGGAGCAAAAGGUCCGUCGUGAAAUAA